GGGAGUGGAGAGAACAGGCACUGGGAAGAAGUAAUUCACAGAAACCUUUUUUGAAGGCAGAGAAAAAGCUGGCUGAAACUGUCUGCCACACUGUGGAUUACGAUCUGGAUCAGAAUCUACUUGCAGCAGAAAACUAAGGACUUUUGUCAUAGGUGAGAUGGAGAAAUCUUCCAUUUUAUCAACCCGGCCUGAAGUACUUAGUGUAGAGAACAUUGCCAAAGUGCGCAACCGGCUGGCAUCUCUGGGUGCUCUUUCCAAGGCCCUGGAGAGCUGCCUAGAUCAUGCCAUGCUGAAAUUUAGCCGUGAAGAGAGCUGCCUGCAAGAGAAUGCCCGGCUGGUGGUACGCUGUGAAAAGAAGCAGCUGGAGUUCGUCUCAGGCCAGGGAGAGAGCAGCAUUGAGGUUUCCACGGUGCAAAGGAGUCUUCAUUAUAAAGUUCAGCUCCCCAGAUUUGGCGAAACGGUAAAGAAGUCGCCCUGUGGGCAUUUGCUGUUGAGUGCAGAGAACCUGGAGAAGAUAGCAGCUGAGAUCGUCUGCUUGAGGGAAGUGACCAAAGGCCUAAAGGCAGGCUUGGAAUAUGCCCAGAGCCGCUUUCUCCAGGAACCCAUCCGCAUCCAGGAAAAUUGCUGCAUGGUGAUAGAGAGGGAUGGCCGGACACUCAAAUUAGUUUCUGGGGAUGGACAGAAUUACAUCUACAUUUACCCAAACGCAGAUGGGGAGAUCCAAUAUGAUAUUGAGUUUGCUUCCUUUUUGGAUCGUUUUGUGAGGGCUCUAACUCCCACUACCUGGUAAUGAAAUUUUGCCAAAAACUUCCUCUGUCUGUGUGUGGGCACAUGAGCAGAAUUAAUACAAGAUUAGCUACCAUAAACAACUAUUGUUACUGCAAUGGGACUCAGGACCGCCUUUGAUUCAACACAGAAGAAAUGAUAGAACUUAGUCCAGAAGGAAUGUUCAUAGGAGUGAAGCUAGAAGUAACUUUCUUAAUUGGGAUCACAGCCAGUUCUUCACCCAUCGUAUGAACCCCAUCCUUCUGAUCCAUGCUGUGAACAUAAAUGUGCAUGUAUGGAAGCUGAAUGCUGGAUCAGAUCUCAAGCCAUAGUUAUUUUGUGUUUUGUUGCUGUGUAUUUUGGUUGUGUAGGGUGUUUUAUUGUCUUAAUUAUUUGGGGUUAUCCACUUUGGGGUUCUCACUACAAAAAGUCAGGAAUACAUUUUAAAAUUAAUAAAUAAAUCUUCACCCUG